GCAUUUCCUUCAUCUUCCGAUCCAUCUCUCAUUGAUAAGUUGCUUGUUUUGCAAAUUUGAAAAAAAAUGGCUCUUACCGGUAAGCUCGAAGCAGAUGUAGAAAUCAAAGCUUCUGCGGAUAAGUUUCAUGAUGUGUUUGGGUCUAGACCCCAUCACGUAAAACAUGCUACUCCUCACAACAUAAAAGGUUGUGAAUUACAUGAUGGUGAAUUUGGAAAAGAAGGGAGUGUUGUCUUCUGGAAUUAUGUUCAUGAUGGAGUUCCUAAAGUUGCGAAAGAGAUUGUUGAAAAGAUAGACGAUGUGAACUUGUCUACCACCUUCACAGUCAUUGAAGGAGAUUUACUGAAGGAGUAUAAGAAUUUCAAAAUCACCGUUAAAGCUACACCGAAGGGUACUGGAAGUGGUACUGGAAGUGUAGCGCACUGGACACUGGAGUAUGAGAAGCUGAAUAAAGAUAUUCCAGACCCACACUCUCUAGUUAAAUUUUUACUUGAUGUCUCCAAAGAUAUUGAUGCCCAUCUUACCAAAGCAUGAACUCCCAGCCUUAUCCAUCAAUAAACUGUUUGCUUGCUAUUUAUACGUGUGAUUAAGCCUACAGUGCAAUAUGAAAUAAAUAAAGGAAAAAAAGGUUCUGGAUUUUAUUAAUCCUUAGAUCCUUCGAUAUAUAUAUAUAUAUAUGUAAACUUUUAUUGUA